AUUUAAUAUAUGGACCAUUUCUUAAGAUUCAUUAAUCCCCAUGUCUUUUUGGGAUGUGUACAAUUCUUACAACUACAAACAUCUAAAGAAAACGAAGCUCUUCUUAGUACAAGACUUUUUGAGAAAUUAAGAAAAAUAGGUGUGCCAUAAGAUAAAAUUGAUUAAAUCAUCUAACAAGAUAAUUUAAAUGGAAAACUUACAUCAGUUACAGAAUUACUUAAACUAAGAUAAAGAGCACUUGUAGAUUAUGUCUAAGAAAAUUUGUGGACUGUUGAAGAAGCCUAUUAAGCAUUAAUAAUAUUAUUUGAUUAAGGAGAAUAUGAAAGAGCUACAGAAAUAGUUGACAAUCUCUAUCCAUGUAUUGAAGUUACUGAAAAAUUAAAUCAUUUAAGAAAUGGAUUUCUAUGGGCUAGAUUAGUAAAUAUUACAUCUAUUUAUUUAGAAUUGUAAACUUAUUGGACUUUUUAAAAAUACCAAUAAUGCCACAUAAUGUAUUGAAGCUAUCAAAGAUCUAAUUAAAUAAGAAGAUUAAAUAAAAUAUAAUUUCAAAUAAAGAGCUGAUCUUUUACAUGCAGGAAUUUUAGUUUGUUUUAUUUCUGAUGAUACUAAUGCUUUCCUUGAAUUAUUCUCUGGUGAACAUUUCUUAGAAGUAGUACAUACAAUUGCACCUUAUUUAUUAUAUUAUUAUACUGUUGCAUUGUUAAUCAAUUAACAAUUUGUUGGUAAUAUGAGUCUUGCUAUUAUUGGAAAUAAUGCAAAUAAAUCUGUUAAAUAAUUUAUUUUACUUAAUUAUGUUGAAGAAAUCAUUGUUAAAUUUUAGUUUGAUAAUGCUAUCAAAAUGAUUAAUCAAAUUUCAAAUGAAAUCGAUUCAGAUUUUAUUGUCAAAUCUAAAAAAAUAUAAAUCAUUAAUGCAUGCAAACUUUAUUUCUUUUCAACUUACAUUAAAAUUUUUAAUGGUGUCUAAAUUAAGUACUUAUAAAUAUAUUCAUUUUUUUAGACAAUUUUCAACAUAUUUAUAACUUAAUGAAGAAGAAACUGAAUCAUGGUUGGUUAAUGCUAUUAGAAUUUUAAAUAUUAAUGCUAAAAUAGAUGGCGAUAAAAUUAUUGUGCAAAGAUAAGAUAUUAAUGCACAAAAUACAUAAGUAUUUAUUCUAUUAAAAUUAGUUAUUAAAACAAUUAAGAGACUUACAACCAAAAUCUAACAUGUUAAUAUCAAACCUUUAAAGAAUUAAUAAUAUUAAAUGAAUCAUGUAUAUUAUAUAGCAAU